GUACUCAAUCAGCGAGUGACCAGCAUAGGCCGCGCAGGGAACUCGGGGCUAGGGGUCUUUGUCAGACGAUGCAAGUUGCCCACACCCCGCCCUCGGAGAGCAUUUCCGGAAAUGAGACCUCGCCCACCCGGAGACUGUCACGCUCGGACGCGCGCCCGCUAGUGGCGUGCGCAGGCGCCCAAGUGCCGCGCAGCCGCCAUUUUGCCCCUUUAGCCGAGGGACUUGGCCCGUUAUUAGAAGUUUGCAGGCACGAAAGGAAAGAGCCAUGGUCCACGCCUUCCUCAUCCACACCCUGCGGGCCACCAAGGCUGAGGAGGGCUUUUGCCGAGUGCUCUAUUCUUGCUUCUUCGGUGCCGAGAAUUCACCCAAUGACCCACAGCCACGCAGUGCUGAGAGGGACAGACUUCUCCGAAAGGAGCAGAUUUUGGCCGUGGCCAGGCAGGUGGAGUCCAUGUACCAGCUGCAGCAGCAGGCAUGUGGCCGGCACGCUGUGGACCUGCAGCCCCAGUCCUCAGAUGAUCCAGUUGCCCUUCAUGAGGCCCCAUGUGGGGCCUUCCGCCUGGCGCCAGGGGACCCUUUCCAGGAGCCUCGGACAGUGGUGUGGCUAGGCGUGAUCUCUAUAGGCUUUGCCCUGGUGCUGGAUGCUCACGAGAACCUGCUGCUGGUGGAGAGCACGCUUCGAUUGCUGGCUCGCCUUCUCCUUGACCACCUCCGACUGCUGGUCCCUGGUGCCAACCUCCUGCUGAGGGCUGACUGCAUCGAAGGCGUCCUCACCCGCUUCCUGCCCCAUGGUCAGCUGCUCUUCCUCAAUGACCAGUUUGUCCAGGGUCUAGAGAAAGAAUUCAGUGCUGCCUGGUCCCACUGACCCACACUGGGAUGGGAGUCCUCACAAGGUCAAGGAGAUGCUGUUAAAGGGACACAUAGUCAGGUAAAGUUUGUCAUCCGCCUCCUCCUUCCCAGCCUGCUCUCAGCUCUGGUGUGCUGCCACACCCAGGACAAAUGGAUGGGACAAACUGGCAGAAAAGGGGCCUGGGGAGAGGGUAGAGAGGAGGAAUCAGAGAAUAUCCUAUGCCUGGAGCUGCCUUGUGACUUACUCAGAACUCCGCAUCGGGCCAGCCCUGCUUGACCUGACCCUACUUUUCCCCAUCCCUGCCAGCCAGCCUCCAGUUCACCAGCCCCUAGUGCUGGGGUAGUAAGGAACAGCUACUUGGAACUCGGCCCACUUUCUUCUUCCAAACCCAUAGUCAUCGCAGUGCAAAAGGAGUCUCUUGAGGCUUUCAGAGUUGGGGAGCUGGCCUCUGCCUUUGCACCUACUUAGGCACCAUCAUCAAGGAUUUUGUUGGUUGGUGUCCAGCCCCACCGCAGUUCACAGAGGUGUGAGUUGUUCAGCAGAGAGGCUCCAUAACUCCUUUUGAGCCCAGCCCAUGCCCACCAUCAGUCUAUGGGGAGAGAAGGUGGUGUCAGGUGAAUGCUAGAGGUCUGAUGAUGUUGUUUUCCUUUUGAAUUAAAAGCACCGAGUGUGUGAUUUCA